AUGCAGCCCCAGAAAAAGAAGCGUAAAAAGGGCUCAGGUGGUGUACGUGCUGGUGCUGGGCGAAAGAGUGUGGCCUCUGGGAUCACGAAGACCCUUCCGGACGAGACCCUUCCGGACCGCCAGAUCACGUUGUUCGGUGGGUUAGCCAGAUCAACAUUAUCCAGAACAGCAUCACAGGAGACAGCAAUCGCACAUGCCAGCUCAGAUUCCCAAGCACUUGACCAAGAGGGCGAGGCUGAUGAGCAGACAAUAGUUUCACCCGCAGCCUCCAUAGUAGGAGACACGACCAUACUAGUGGCCGCCUAUGCGCCCGAUAAAACCUUGGACGUGUACCUCCCUGUCGAAACAGCUGCUCACCCAUCGUACAACAAUGCGAGGGACAGUACAAACACACCAGACCUAGACUAUAAUGCUGCCCCCAAUAUAGUUGUUGAUUAUAUUGAGAAGAUCUAUGACAAACGCAAGAGAUAG